AUGGAUCAGCCUGAGCAGCUGCUCGACGCUUUUAAAGCCGCAGCGCUUUCCGUCACAAAACUCUACAAAACUUCGGUUGCCGCGCAAGCCAAGACCCGGCAGGAAGGCUACCAGGAUUGCCUGGAAGAACUCCUUUCCUUUCUAGAUAAGGAAAAUAUCGGCCUUGGAGAUGGAGAGGGUUGGCGGAUCAGACGUUGGGCGACCGAGAGGCUAGCUGGCUCGACGGAAGCCAUGGCCCAGGACAGAGAGAGCGAGGACGAGGUUGAAAAGAACGAGCGGUGCGCUAGCCCUGAGCUCGCGAGAUCAAACGGCGCUCAGCUGAAUUCUAUCACGGAAGGGACCCAGUCCGUCACGCUGGGAACCACGGCCUCGAAACCCGACGAAACGGCAACCCCGGCCGCGACCGACUCUGCGGCCCGGACCUCUACGCCGACUCCGACCACCGUACCCACCCAGGAUCAGUUUACUUUCCAAUCAACAAUGGCCUACCCCGAUGCGCCCAAUCUCGCAACGUUGAACCUCUCGGAUUCGCACCCCCAUUCUUCGCCCGCCUCCUCUAACGCGUCCCACAUGUCUCGGCAGACAAGGGCAAGACACAACCUCGGCAGGCCUUCGUCGAGGACGGCCGCAGCCCUCGGGCGAGGCGUGGGCCAGAAGAGAAAGAUAAACUUUGCCGAAAUAUUUGAUUUGGGGAGCCUUGGAAACGGCAAGGACAUGUUUGGUGGAGGAAGCGGAGUCGGCACAUAUAGACAGGCCCGGCGCACGCUGCUUUACACGCAUGCAUGCAUGCUAGAGCGGCCGUGUCUUGGAGCAAUGGCCGACGCGGUACAUAUUCGUCUGCCAUCAAACCAAACCACUUCUUUCCUCGAAACGGGAUCGGUAUUUGACCCGACUUCAACCACGAUUUAUGUCCAGCUCUUUGGACAGUUUGAGGCUUCUCUGGCAGAUUAG